CAGAGGGACAGACAGGCUGUGAACGGUGCAAGGAAAGGAGAAAGAGAGAGACAGAGAAGAGUGCUGUGAGGAGAAGAGUGCAAGACACAGUGACUGGAGUCUAGUGGACACUCUGCCAACAGGUCAUCUGAAGCUGUUGCAUGCUGCACCCUGCAGGACCCUGACAGACAGACCCAGCUCAGAGCAGGUACAGCCGUUUGAAGUCUGAGACAUUCAGAUUUGAAUGCGGUAGAGGUUUAGUCGUUUCCUAGUGAAUUUACAGCAGUUAUUCUCCAAAUCAUGAUAAAAAAGGAGUUCCUUUAAAGACUUGCCUGAGGAUCUGACAGAGACUAUCACAGAGAGAAGACUAACAGAGCCAGGAUUACAUUGUUGCACAUCGACUCUCUCCUCAUCCUCUGUAGGAAUGGGCUGGUUAGAAGACCCGAACUGGCAGCUUCACAUAUCCCUGAUAAUGCUGCUAUCACUGCAUACCAGAGCAAAUCUUCGAGAUAACAUGUUGCUAAGGAGUUCCGCUAAACUGAACGUGGACAGCAGGAAAGAAGAUACAGAGAGCACAGCACCUGCCCCACCACCGAAGCUGCUGUCAUGCUACUGUCACCACCACUGCCCAGAAGACUCCUUCAACAAUACCUGCUGGACGGAUGGUUACUGCUUCACAAUUAUAGAAGAAGAUGAAUCUGGACUUCCUCUGGUCACAUCUGGUUGCUUGGGUUUAGAGGGCUCAGACUUUCAGUGUCGGGACACACCAAUACCACAUCAAAGAAGAUCUAUAGAAUGCUGCACUGAUGAAGACUUCUGCAAUCGAGAUCUUCACCCCACAUUGCCCCCUCUGAAAAACAAAGACUUUGUUGAUGGAAGCAUUCACUAUAUGGCCUUAUUAAUCUCGGUGACCAUCUGCAGCAUUAUUCUGGCUGUAAUUCUAAUAUUCUGCUACUUCAGGUAUAAAAGACAAGAAAAUAGACCACGUUAUAGCAUUGGAUUAGAGCAAGAUGAGACAUACAUUCCUUCUGGAGAAUCACUGAAAGACCUCAUUGAACAGUCUCAAAGCUCAGGAAGUGGUUCAGGGCUCCCUCUGCUGGUUCAAAGGACAAUAGCCAAACAAAUUCAAAUGGUUAAACAGAUUGGCAAAGGUCGCUAUGGAGAGGUUUGGAUGGGCAGAUGGCGAGGAGAAAAAGUGGCUGUGAAGGUAUUCUUUACUACAGAAGAGGCCAGCUGGUUUCGAGAAACCGAAAUUUAUCAGACUGUGCUCAUGAGACAUGAAAACAUUUUAGGUUUUAUUGCUGCUGACAUUAAAGGGACAGGUUCGUGGACCCAGCUGUAUCUAAUCACAGACUAUCAUGAAAAUGGAUCGCUCUAUGAUUAUUUGAAAUCAACUACGCUUGACACAAAAGCUAUGCUGAAACUAGCGUAUUCUUCUGUCAGUGGACUGUGCCACCUACACACCGAAAUAUUUGGGACAAAGGGCAAGCCUGCUAUAGCACACCGGGACCUUAAAAGCAAAAAUAUAUUGGUGAAGAAAAAUGGAACAUGCUGUAUUGCAGAUCUGGGACUGGCCGUAAAAUUCAUUAGUGAUACCAAUGAGGUGGACAUACCUCCAAACACAAGAGUGGGAACCAAGCGGUAUAUGCCUCCAGAGGUGCUGGAUGAGAGCUUGAAUCGGAACCACUUCCAGUCCUAUAUAAUGGCCGAUAUGUAUAGCUUUGGACUAAUCCUUUGGGAAGUUGCAAGACGAUGUUUAUCAGGAGGUAUUUUGGAAGAAUAUCAGCUACCCUAUCAUGAUGUUGUACCAAGUGACCCAUCCUAUGAAGACAUGAGAGAUAUUGUGUGCAUUAGGAGGUUGCGACCCUCAUUUCCGAACAGAUGGAGCAGUGAUGAGUGUUUGAGACAGAUGGGAAAACUCAUGACAGAAUGCUGGGCUCACAACCCUGCCUCUCGCCUUACAGCACUAAGAGUGAAGAAGACAUUAGCCAAAAUGUCAGAGUCGCAAGACAUCAAGCUUUGAUUUAACAUGGUCGCUUCUUUCAGUUUAAACUUGUGGAAAUGGACUUCUCUCUUUUUUUUUUUCUUUUUUUUUUUCGUUGACUGAAAAUGCUGAAAACAGAAAAAUAAUUUUAUACAUUGAACAUCUGUGUUUACCUUGAAUACCACAGAGUAAGAACCUGAAUGUCUAGACAGUUGAAUCACCAGUGACUAUCUGGCCAGAAUUGCAGAGACUCUAUCACUCAAGCUGUCGUAUGCAGGAAACUGGAUUUCAAUGACUGGAUAAAAGAAUUAGAAUGUUGCUUUCUGUGAAAGCCAAUAAGUUUUUAAUGUUUGAAACAAAAUACAGAUUUCUUUAAUCUUGUGAUAAU